CUUUAACAGUUGCCCCCUCCACUGAAUUGAAGCAUUUGGACAAUUGGGGAGAAAUUCAUCGUUUCAAACGGGCACCAGCUUUAGAAUUCAGGACUGACUUCUCUGGUGACGGACGCCCGGAUUGUGAUCUCAACGGUGAUCGGCGGACGGAAAUGGGAAGCAAGACGUUGCCAGCCCCGAUCCCCCUGCACCCUCCCCUCCAACUGACCAACUACUCCUUCCUGCAGGCCGUCAACACCUUCCCCUCGGCUGUGGACCAGCUUCAGGGCUUGUACGGACUGAGCACAGUGCAGACCAUGCACAUGAACCAGUGGACACUGGGCUACCCGCACGUGCACGGCAUCGCCAGGUCCACCUUCACCGAGAUGGCAGCCGCCCAGGGCUUCAUGGACGGGAGAUUUCCCUUCCCCGCUCUGCCCUUCGCCGCCCACGUCUUCCACCCCAAGCAGGCCCACGUGGUACCUUCCCUCCAGAAGGAGCGACCUCGCUUCGACUUCGCCAACCUGGCACUGGCGGCCACGCAGGAGGACCCGCCCAAGGCCACAGACUUUGCCAAGCUGAGCCCGGGCGUAGGGGGCGCUCACGCCGAGGUCAGCAAACUGUCCCCCGACAGGAAACCUUCCAGGGGGAGGCUGCCCUCCAAGACCAAAAAGGAAUUCAUCUGCAAGUUCUGCGGCAGGCAUUUUACUAAAUCUUACAACCUGCUCAUACACGAGAGGACUCACACAGACGAGCGGCCCUACACCUGCGACAUUUGUCACAAAGCAUUUAGGAGACAAGACCAUCUGAGGGACCACAGGUAUAUUCAUUCCAAAGAGAAACCUUUCAAAUGCCAAGAAUGUGGGAAAGGAUUCUGUCAGUCCAGAACUUUAGCUGUUCACAAAACGUUACACAUGCAGGAAUCUCCUCACAAAUGUCCCACGUGUGGAAGAACCUUUAAUCAAAGAAGUAACCUGAAAACUCACCUUCUUACCCAUACAGACAUCAAGCCUUACAACUGCGAGCUGUGUGGCAAAGUGUUCCGGCGUAACUGCGACCUUCGGAGGCACAGUCUGACUCACACUCCCCGGGCAGAGUACUGAGACUCCCCCACCGCACGUCAAAGCCACUCCGCCUUACUUGAAUUUGCUGUGAAUAAUCUGUACGAUAUACACACAUACACACACACACACACACACAAACACACUAUUACAAC